AUGGCGACUUCUUCAUCGGGAAAGAACCAUUUGGAUGAGACUGUGGAUGAGAAUGUAGACGAGAAAGGAGUAUCGCAACGAGUAGGGAGUGGGCGGAAAGCCGCUGCCUCAUUGCAUCUGUUCAUGGCCGCACAAUCUUCAGGAACGACACCGAACCAGACAGAGCAUCUAACAAACCCGAAGCGCCAGGAUUCAAGUCCAUCUUCAAUGGAUUCUAUGCAUCAAGCUUACUUGUGUCGGAGUCCAGCAACAGCUAUGACAGCAUCGCCCUCACCAUCGCAACCGCUCAGGCCUCAAAGCUUGUUACAGCGUUCCAUGUCAUCGUGGAAUGAGUCGACUCCGCCUUCCUCACAACCACAUGAUGUUUUGACGAACUCCACGAUGUAUGACGAUGAUGGCGAUAAGGCGCAAGGUGCAAGCUGGAUCGAUACAAGCUCAGAUGAGUCUUCUGAGGAAAGCGAUACAGCCAGUGAGCAGGAGACUGACGUGGAAAAGGCCUCUGCAGCAGAGCCACCAAGGCAAAUGGAUGGGUAUGGAAGCUACACGAAUCCACUUACUAUUCCGUCCCCGCACUUCAGUGCAAAUUCAGAUGUACGAACGCCGCAUACAGCCCGCCUGCAUCAGCACCACCAUGUCCAAGACUCAACAGAGCCGCCACCAAGUGUCGUACAAUUGCAGCCAUUUAAUCAUCAGGUUGGUGGCCACAGUCAUAUUUUUCAAUUCUCGCGGCGUGCUGUGUGCAAACCACUCACUUCGCGUGAGAACCAAUUCUACGAAGCGUUGGAGCGUGAUCACCCAGACAUGCUGGCGUUUGUGCCGCAGUAUCUGGGUGUAUUGAAUGUAACAUACCGACACGUACACCGUGAGCCUGUGAUGCAUUCUGCUGACAAGGCGAGCAAUCAGGUGUCUAUGACCACAAGUGCACCGGAGCCAAGGCGCCGCAUUUUCCACGGCCAAGACGAGGAUGAAAAUGAGGUGCCAGAAGUGGCUAUCGAUCGAAACCAGCACAUAAUGCCAGACUGGCUUGUGAGGCGGUCACUGCGUGGAAAUGAAGAGUUUGAUGCCGCUGGUAAUGCGGUUUCAAGUGAGAAUACGAUCUUGGGAAAGGGUUGCACAUCGGUGAAUCGGCGCUUGCAGGAACAAGUGAUCCGCGAAGUGUUCCGUCAACGCAAGCCACGGCACCGCAACAAGCGGUCAGUAAGUGGGCAUGCAGGUCCAGGUGAUCGACUGGCUAGGUCUUGGGACCAGAAGAAACAGGGCAGUAGUAUGACUGCAUUUUCGAGUUUGGAUUACACUGAUAGCACAUGGAAUCAAAGCCGGCCGCGGAGUCAUGAAGAUUGCGCAAUGUCAAGUGUGGGAAUGAGAAUGAAUGUGGAACCAGAGGUGCCUCUGGAAACAGGGCCUGACAGCACGGGAACAGGAGACAGAGCGGAAGUUGGAGCGACCCCGCGGCCUGUUUCAAGAGCACGUCCGUCGCCUACAACAGCGUCGCCCGUAAAGUCAAGCGCACGGCAAGAGCAAUUCAUUCUCCUAGAAGAUUUAACGGGAGGACUCAAGGCCCCAUGUGUCCUGGAUCUGAAAAUGGGCACUCGACAGUACGGUCUGGACUCGACAGAUGCGAAGAAAAAGAGCCAGACAAACAAGUGCAUCAAGACAACCAGUCGGACACAUGGUGUGCGGAUCUGCGGUAUGCAGAUGUAUGAUGCGCGCCAGGACAAGUUUGUCUUUCAGGACAAAUACUAUGGCCGCAACGUGAAACCAGAUGAGUUUACAUCGGUGCUCGAGACAUUCUUUCACAAUGGUUAUCAAGUGCUUAUUCACCAUAUACCAGUGCUCGUUGAGAAGCUCUACUGCCUGGCUCAGCAUGCAUGUAAGCUCGCGGGCUACCGCUUCUAUGCUAGCAGCCUGCUUCUGAUUUAUGACGGCGAUGUCCGUCGGCAGCGGGCACUUUUGCAAGGCUUUGAGGCUGACGUUUUGGGUGAUUCGCGUCAUCAACGUGGCCAAUAUGAUGGGCGCCGACGCCCAUACUCCCCCAGAUUCGUGCGUUGA